AACUACCCCACACUUUUCUACUCUGGGUUUAAAAUUUUGGGUAAUGAUUUUCACUAUCUCAGAUGUUUUUGUGAGAGAUGUACUUCGAAAUAGCCACUCAAACUUUCUAAAUACUAUACAGAUCUUUCCUAACAUUUUUUUGUCUUACGGUGUUUAAAUGAACCAAUGUCCCAUUUAAUGAUAUCUGUUUGGGAGAUAUGACAAGUUUAAUUUCAUGCAAUCUGAUUGGUCGACAACGAGUUUUACUAACAAUUUGAACUAAAAAGCAGCAUACUUUUCCAGUGACUCAACUGCUGACAGUCUAAAGAGUGAUUAUUCAGUAUUUUGUUUUUCAUGCCGAUGUGUCGGAAAUUACUCCUUGUAUUUAGACAUGUCAAUCAGCCAACCUGACGCUGAUGAAGAAUGUCUAGUUUUUCCUGCAAUAACUAAAAAUUAUUCAGAAGUAAAAAAUACGGAUGGAUUAUCAGUGGAAUUAAACAAUACACCACCCAACCCAAACUCUUUUUCUCGACCUCUACGUUCCACUUUAAAAACAAAAUCGAAGUUCGAAUCCGAAAAAAUCAGACAAACUGGUUAUAAUAGCUCAGAACGAAAUAAUAAACUAUACGCAGUAACUACUAGAGGACAAAAAAAUCCUGACAGCUCAAUCCAUAUGAUUUAUAAAUUCGACUCUAUGGAGAAAAACGGUGCUAUGAAAAGUCAAUUACCAACCCUUAAAAAUGACAUGGAAGUAUGUGAUUCGGAUCAAACCACGCCAUGUGGAUCUAAAGAGCAUUUAAAGAGGCCUUCUAUACAACAGUUAAGAAAGUACUCGGUCGUGGAUCCGAAUACUCUUAAGUUUAUAGAAGAUCCAUCAAGAAAAUCAGGAGAUUAUGGAAUAUGCAGUGCCAUCUUAAUUACAAUUUCAUACUUAUUCAUACUUAUUACAUUUCCUUUCUCAUUAUUUUUCUGUAUUAAAGUUGUAGCUGAAUAUGAAAGAGCAGUUAUAUUUCGAUUAGGACGAAUUCUGCCUAAAGGUGCUCGUGGACCAGGACUUUUCUUUAUUGCACCAUGUAUUGAUUCAAUUCGUAAAGUUGAUUUACGAACUGUAACCUUUGAUGUCCCGCCUCAAGAAGUUCUUACGAAAGAUUCAGUAACAGUAGCUGUAGACGCAGUAGUUUAUUAUCGUAUAUAUAAUCCUGUCGUAGCCAUAACAAAUGUUGAAGAUGCUGACCGAUCAACACGCCUACUAGCAGCGACUACAUUAAGAAAUGUUCUAGGUACAAAGAAUUUAGCUGAGAUUUUAUCUGAACGUGAAUCGAUUUCAACAUCUAUGCAGACAAUGCUUGAUGAUGCAACUGAUCCAUGGGGCGUGAAAGUAGAACGUGUUGAAGUUAAAGAUGUACGUUUACCUGUACAACUUCAAAGAGCUAUGGCCGCUGAAGCUGAGGCUACAAGAGAAGCACGUGCUAAGGUGAUUGCUGCAGAAGGUGAAGAAAAAUCAUCUGUUGCAUUAAAACAAGCUGCUGAUGUAAUUAAAACAUCACCAUUUGCAUUACAAUUACGUUAUUUACAAACAUUAAGUGCCAUUUCAGCUGAAAAAAAUUCUACAAUUAUAUUUCCACUUCCAAUUGAUAUGUUAGUUAAUUUAUUUCAUCGAUAAAAUUACAUCAUCAAAUUAAUAAAUCAAUAAAUCAAUAAAAUAAACAUUCAUAUACAUGAUCAUAUGAAUAAUUUUCUUGUAUUCAAAUUUAAAUUUAAAUUUAAAUUUUUUU